CAAUAAAUAAUUUGACAGUAAAUGGUGAAGAUAUAUUAACAUACACCUUACAACAACAGAAGAUUAUGUUAAUAAACUGUGAGGUAGAGGGAGACCCUAUUCCAUUCCUACAACUUUUUAACGGCCCAACGUUGCUUUCUGAAAAGAAAGGGGCAAUCUCACCUUUUUCGUUAACUUACGCACACAAGCUUACUUGUGAAAGUUAUGGAGUGUUCUCUUGUUUAGCUGCUCAAGGGAAUAGGCGUCUUAAUAAAACGUUUACAGUAUUACUUGAAUGUAAGGUUUCACAAUUUCUUUUUUAAAUUUUAUAAUUUAUAAGUUUAAAAAAAAAUUUGAUGAAAACUAAUAAAAUGUUUAAAACUGUGUAAAAUGUAUUAAUUAAUGUCUUUUAGAGUCAUCCAUUUUAUAGUGUAUAUACAAUGGAAGAACUGCCAAUUAAAUUUUUUUAACAUUUGUAUAUUUUAUCACUAAUUUUAUAUUGCUAUUUUUAUUAUUUACAACAUAUAUCUCACAAAGACACACAACACACACUCACAUACACAUACAUGCACAGAGAGAGAAAGAGAGGGGGCGUGUGUGAGAGAGAAAGAUAUCAUAAUUUGAGAUAUUAAAGCUUUGGGACCUUUUGCAUGAUAUAAUCAGAAAGUAAUAUUAUUCAUUCACAACAGCAAAUAUGCAUUAUCAAAUAGUUGUCUAAGAAAAUAAAAUAAUUUUUCUCGAACUAUGUAUUAUUUAUCAAAAGCAAAAAGUUAUUGUUUUAUUUUUAAAACGGGAAAUUAAAUACAUUAAAAACGUUAUAAUUUCUACUCUAUAGGUGCUAUUCAGUUCAAUUUCCCACUAGACGAAUCUAAAGAACAUUUGAUAAAUGCGCAACUUAACAGCGAAGUUUCAAUUGUUUUAGGCAUUUUUGGACAUCCUUGGCCAAAUAAUUACAUCAUUUUAAGGGGUUCUUCAAAGUUCAUUUUUACAAACGUCACAAAUGGAAACACCAUAGGCCACGGCUACACAAUUACGUAUCAGCAGACUAAUAUGCCUUAUGGAAUAAUAAAUUUAACGUUUAAAGUUUCUGAUCGGAAGGACUUCACCGGCUACAAUUUCAUAAUUCAAAAUGGAAUAAACCCACCAGUCGUUUACAACUUUUUGAUCGUGGACGGUAAGAUUGGUUUAAUGUUAGUGUUAUUUUGUACACAUUUUAAAUGUAUGACAUUUCUAUCAUAUAUCCUGUAAUAUUUUGAGUGGUAUGAAAAUUAAAAAUAAAUUAGCAUAAUUUAAUGUGAUUUAAAAAAAAAAAAUCUACCUGCAUUUUAUAAAAAAAUAAAUAACUUAUUGAUUUAACUUUAAAAUUUUGUUGACUUUGUAUGCCUCAAAAUAUAUGUUCUCAAUCAGAAAUACAAGAAGUUCAUAAACGAUUUUCCAUCAUUAUUGCCAUCUGUAUACCUUCAAUCGUUUCUGCAAUCAUCAUCAUUGUGAUAUGUGUUUGGAGGUGUCGUAGCAAUAGAGGUAAUUAUGAAAUAAUAGUAAUUUAAUUAAUUAAAUUUGAACAUUGGAUUUAUAAUAACAUUGUGUAAAUUUUACUACUACCGCUUAUAUAAAAUGAGUAAAUCAGAGUAGGGAUAAAUCUGAAAAAAUAAACGCAAAAAAACAAAAGAAAUGUCAUUUCAUGUCGUGCCGACAGAUACUGCUUCCGAGCUAAGUGCUAUUUCUUAUUUUUAUUUUUAUGCCGUUUUUUUUUCUGUUGUUUUGUUCGCUGACGAAGUCUUUCUGCCGACACGUUCGCUGUUUUGUUGCAUUUAUUUUUUUAAGGUUUAACUCUACUCUGUUUUACUCAUUUUAUAUUGUACUAACCUGAUUGCAGUCUCUCCCCUUAUUACCCUACUACCGCUUGUCUAUUUUUAUUAUUUUUUUACAAAAAAACUACUGAAUUAUACCUUUAGCUACACCACCCAAAUCUAUGCAUACAGUUGGACGUGCAUUCGUAUAUUCCAAAGCGACUGUACCAGAGGAGCUGGACCAGCGGCUAAGUUUCGCUUCACAUUUGUACGAGGCGACACCAUGCGGGAAUGUAGAUUUAAAAACGAAUUCAGAUCAGGUCAUCUACGGCAACGCUUAGGUGUUCGAAGCCACAGAUGAAAACUAUGACAAUGACGGUUGGAAGAUAUCGUAUGACUAUAAUCGAAAGCAAGUUGAUUAUCAACGCAUGAUAGUAAAAGAAACACAAUAACAAAUCGAAGUUGCUAUUCGGACCCGGGUCCGAGAAGUUAGAGGUUGGGAUUAAAAUUUAAAAAAAUAAAUAUAUUAUUGUUAGGUUGUAAGACAAAAUUUUGUAUCAAAAUGAAAGAUAAUUGAAUGGCCUAUAUGUUUGUUAACGUAAUUCUUCUUUUUAACUAAAAU